AUGCAUCCCCAUCUGAUGACGGUCGUCACGAACCGCGACUUUGUACACCCCGAAUUCUUCACGUUUAUGCAUGAGAACAGUGCGAAUCGAUUAACCGACGACCUGAUCCUGGAAAUGUUCGUCUACGUGAAUCAGCGGCCCGAGUUAUCAGAGGACAUGGCUUUUGAUGAAGACAAAGCCCACGAGCCACUGACUCAUUAUUACAUUUCCUGCAGCCAUAAUACAUAUUUGGUCGGCGCGCAAAUUGUGCAGGCCAAACACAUCUCAAACAUCAAGCACGAUCUGACGGCCAGUGAUGUCGAGAUCUAUCGGCAGACGCUUCUCUCCGGAUGUCGUUGCAUCGAGUUGGAUUGUUGGGAUGGAGCUGAUGGCGAGCCGAUAAUCACACAUGGGCCGAUGGAAGUCACCUUUUUGAAUUCUGUGCCUUUUCGGGACGUGGUUGAGGCGAUUGCGGAGUGCGCCUUUAAAACGUCACCUCUACCCGUAUUACUGUCAAUUGAAAAUCACUGUAAUGUGCAGCAGCAAAGAAAAAUGGCAUUCUAUUUCCGGACAAUUUUUGGGGAUCUUCUGCUGGACGAGCCGCUGGAUGACUAUCCGCUAGAAGAGGGCGUGAUGCUGCCGUCUCCCUGGAAGCUGCGAAACAAAAUUCUAAUAAAAGCGAAGAAACCGCAUCCACGUCGGCAUGUCGACGAAGCACUGCUUGGCAGCAGCAUCGGCAGCAAGAGUAGUGUGGCAAGCCUAUUCAACCCAAACUUUGCGCUGAAAAUGCCGGCUCGACAGCGACGAAAGUUGGAGUUUUCGCCAUCUGAUUCGACAAUUGCCGGCAGUCCACCCCAGAGCUCACUGCCCGAUUCUGAUACGGAUUCGCUCGAAGAGGGCGAAGGAAUAAAAUGUCUCGUCGAUGAUGGUUUUUUUGCAGGGAUGACGAAGACCGGAAACGGUGCAAAUGGGUGCUGGAACGGUCCAAUAAGGCAAGAGAAGCAAUCGGCCGAAACGAACGGUAAAUCACCACUGGCCAUGCCGGCAGCAGUCCGGAAAGUGGCUGCUGGAGCAUUGGACCGGAAAAUAUCACUGGAGAUUACGAAUGAACAGUUCAAAAAGCAAUUAAAACCGGUGCAAGAAGUCGAAACUGUGGCCGCCGAACUGGCCGCACUCGUUAAUUACCUUGAAAGCAAGUCCAGCGCUAAAUUCGACAUUUUUGAUGAAGUCGACAAACGCUACUACAUCAUGCACUCGUUUUCCGAGGACGCCAUCCAUCGAUAUGUGAUGAGAGGGGUCUGCUGGAUGGUGGGCUGCCAGAUGACGGCGAUGAACUACCAGACAAAUGGACUUCAGAUGCAACUGCACGAGACGAUGUUCGAAUACAAUGGAAGAACGGGUUACGUCCCAAAGCCACGCUGCCUCAUCGAUUUAUCUCAACGUUUCGAUCCACGGGCCACGAAUUUACCUGGUGUAAUGCCGGACACCCUACAGAUUACGGUGCUUUCCGGACAGAUGCUCUCCUCAUUAAAUCCUCACAAAUGCCUUUCUACCUAUGUUACUGUGGAUUUGUAUGAUUUGAUUAGGGAUACGGAUCGUGGUCAUUGCCGAACACGGACCGUUAAGAAAAAUGGCUGGAAUCCGGUGUAUUUUGAUAAAGCCACCGAUCAGCCAUUCCGAUUUGAAAAGAUUAUCAAGCCCGAAUGCGCAUUUCUCCACCUACGCCUAAUCGACGCGGACAACGACUCCGAGCUGGGCCAACGCAUUUUGCCCAUAAACAAACUGAAACGAGGCUACCGCCACAUCAUCCUCCGCACCGGCGCCAAUCGCCCAGCUGGGCCCGCGUGUAUUUUCGUGUACAUUAACGUACACUUUUUCAUGCUCAACACGCAGCGAGAUUUGCACGCGGCCUUUAUGGACCCGCUGAAGGCGUCGGCAAAAAUGGAGCAAAUCGCUGUUGACCUGACGGAUCCGUUUUCUGCAGAUUAUGCACGAUGUGAGAAGAGCGAUAGUGAGGAUGAGUUUAACGUCUCCGAAAUGGUGGGAAGUGGCGGAUACGUGACGCCAAGGGCAGCUGAUGGACAGCCAGUCAGGAAAAGCCCGAUGCGGCGGAUUGAAGAUAAAUUUCGACGCUGGAUGGGAAUUCGGAAG